UUUUUUUUAUCCUUUCUUUCCCUCUAUGGAUAAACUACCACUAGAGAUAUUAUUUCAUAUAUUUGGAUAUCUUCCCUUCUCUUCUUAUUGUCUUCUUUAUACCUUAUUCCCACAAUCUAUUAUAGAUGCAGCCCUCGUACAAAAGAUGCUACAUGAUCAAGAAGCUAUUGUUCAUUUAGUUUCAACUAAUCCUCAUGAACUCUCUUCUUCCAUGCAACAUUAUCAAAAUGAAUCUUAUUUAUCACUCUAUUUUGCUAGUUAUGAUCCAGCACAUCGGUAUAUCUGGUUAUGGCCUCGCUCAUUCUAUGAUCAUAGUCAUUAUUUUAAAGUGAAGAAUGCUUAUGUGUUGCAUGGUAAAUUGGUUAUCAAGGGACUAACAACAAGAACUUUACUACCACUUGUUUCAUUAUGGGAUAUUCGAAAACGAUUUCAUACAAUGUCAGUAUCACAGAUUGAAUUAUUAACUAUUCAACAACAAGAUUGCAUAUUAGAUGCUUGUUUAAUUAAAUCGAAUUCAAAAAGAACCAUCAUGGAUACUACUACUACUACUACAACAGAGGCAAUCAUAAAAAAUGAUGAUACAAUAGAUAUGAUGUCAUUUGAACGUCCCUUAUUACCUGCACAUUAUAAAAGGCAAAUACCUAUGAUGACGACAACAACAACAACAGCACCACUACCAUCACUACUACCACCGAAUCAUCUUAAAACAAAACAAAUUGCUUCUACAAUAGUGCCUGUUUAUCCUGAUCCUACGUGUGGCUUCUUUUUGAUUGAAAGAUUAGGUAUCAGUAUUCCUACUUUUUUAGACUUGUAUAAAUAAAUUGUAUAUGAAUGAUUAUAUAUUUAU